GAAGAUGCUCGUGGAGCACCUCGUCAAUCUCGCUCUUCCGCGUGGGGCGGUCUUCGGCGCCACCCAGGGCGGGCGCUACGUGGCGCCGGACAAGCAACGCGUCGUCGCGCAGCAGGCACCACGUGGUGAUGAUGUAAUGAAGGAUGCUGCUUUGGAACGCCAAAUCAUGGAAGGUGGCGUCGCUGAGAAUAGCAAUGAUCAGAUUCGUGAUUCCGUGCUAGAGAUUCAGAAAAUACGGGAUUCUAUUCUUCGUAAGGAAUUGAUACUUCAAGACGGAAGUGCUCAAUGUGAUAUGGACAUUCAGAAAAUUAAGACUGAAGAGAAGAUGACAACAGAAGUGUUGUCAAUAAUGGAGAAAUAUAAUGAACCUAACUCAAAUAUAAUGAAAGUUGCCAAUCUAACUUUCUCUGGCGAUGAUGGCAAAACCAAGAGCACUAAGAGGAUGGGAUUGAACUUGAAGGAGGCACUCGCCCAACACGAUAAAUGCAUGGAGCUUGGUGAGAUCUGUUGUGGUUGCGAUUGGAUGGCCCCUAGAUACACAGUAGUACCGUCACCAGCAGAUGGAAUGCACGUUGGUGAAGUACGUUUGAAAUGCCCUGAUUUUGAGAUGACCAUCACUGGCGAUCCUCGUCCGACCCCAUAUGAUGCCAGGUGCUCUGCAGCUGCCAAUAUGAUACUAGAGCUUGGCAAGAAAGUGCAGUAAAAAGAACAACAUGAUAACUGAUGCAAAGUUGCUAGCUGGAACUAGUAGGAGCUGGGACCAAUAUUAGUAAAGGGUGAAAUAAAGCAACUUAGAUGUUUGUUGUUCUGAUGUAUGAAUGGUAUAAUG